AUGAUAGAAGAUGACCUAAAUUUAAAUUUAACCCACACCUCGGCAUCUCAGGACUCUUCGAACUUAGAGUGUAUAUUUCAAACCAAAACAUCGCAUCUAAAGAUCAUGCAUUUAAACACCCAAUCCAUGGUAUCUACUUUCAACGAGUUCCUACUCACUGUUAAUAGCUAUCCUUUAGAUAUAAUAGCUCUAAGUGAAACCUGGCUAAAAGAUAACCCCCAGUUGAUGGAAUACGUCCCCAUACCUGGACAUGCUACUGAAUUCCGUCAUCGGGAGGAUAUCAAAGGCGGUGGUGUCGGUGUUUAUAUAAAAGAAGAUAUCAAGUAUAAACGUCACCUCGACAUUGAGAAACUCCAUCCAGAGCUCGAGCAUUUGUGGCUAGAGGUCCCCGGUAGGAAUAUUCACAGCAAAGCACUUGUCGGAGUUAUGUAUAGAUCUAUCCUUGUCGGAGUUAUGUAUAGAUCUAUCCGCAUGCUUUCUACGGCAAAGUGGUUGGAAAGUCUAGAGUUAGUCAACUAA